UAACGGCAAGUUGCAGCAACAAACAUUUUCAUUCGUUUUCGCAGCGUCGAAGCGUACGGUUCAUAGGAGGAACGGAACGAAGCGGGGAACGCGACGGAAACUAGUUGCUGUUUUUUUGUCCGUGUGUUAAAUAAUUGACACAAGAAAAUUUAGCUACACUUAAGCAAAGUCCGCGAAAAAUCUAUUAAAAAUCGUUCGUCGUUUUGUGUGUGUGACCACGAAAAAAAGUGCCCCGAUCGGAGGAUUUUAAUAAAUUCAAUUAAGGUUCCGUCCCAACGAUCGUUUUUCAUUGUCUGACGCUCACGCGUGAUGUACAAAUGAAAAAGUAAAAAUUUAAAAAAAAUCAAAGAAAGAAAGAUCACAGUAAAAUUGAAAGUGAUUGACUGCACAAGAAAAAGAAAAGUUCCUUACCUCCUAGCCAGAAGUCAAAAGUGAAGCGGAAAACAGAGUGGAGAUAACAAUUAACGGGGCUUCCAUACCAAAGUUCCUUGUUUGUAGAGAUCAUUGUAAUCAGCGCAGAUCGAAGCCAUAUAUAAAAUGAUUUCGCACAGUCCGCCCAUAUUCAGUCACAGUCCACCCGUUAGUUUUCUGGCGGACUUCAUGAGCGGACAUCCCCGUCAAUCGUUGAACUACAAUGACGAGCCCAACAGAGCGUCGCGCUACUGCCGGCCCCAAGUGAUAACUCUGGCCUCCAAAGCCAUGGUCAACAACGCCUCGGCGGCGGUCCAGGGUCAGGGCCCCAGUCAGCAGAAGGCGGGUGCCACGCCCCUGGGCGUGGGCAGUCGUUCCGGACGGAGUUACCUGGAGCGAAUGGCCUCGGCGCCGCUACUCACCAAUCAGCCCAAAUCCUGUCUCAGCCGCAAAUCCUGCCUGCACAAAUCCCAGAACACUACAGCCAGUUCCGCAGAUCUCUCGCCGACCGACACCGAUGUCACGGACAGUGCCAGUCAUAGCUGUAUCUGCAGCAAGGACAGCGACAGCAACGGCGAAGUGAGCCGUGGCCCCAAAAAGCAUGUGAUCUUCGCUGAUGAUGAGGGUCUAUCGCUAACCGAGGUUCGUGUUAUGUCCGAACCCUCGAAUGUGCCGCCCUAUUGGAGCAUGAAGUUUCUGGAGCAAAUUACACAGGGCCUGGUCAGCCCACAUCCUCCGGAUCAGUGGACAGUGGACUUCAAGCAGCCAGCCUCAGACUAUCUAUCAUUUAGACAAAAGAUAGAACGCGACUUUGUUUCCUUGGAGAAUGUGAUCGUCAAGGAUGAGGAAUCGAUUGUCGUGGGCACCAUCAAGGUGAAGAACAUCGACUUCCAGAAGGAGAUCAUUGUCCGUGUGACCUGGGAUGAUUGGAAGAGCCAGCAGGAUAUCUUCUGUACAUACGCCAGGGCCUAUGGACCGGCUACUUGUGCUCAUGUAGUCUUCGAUACAUUCUCCUUCAAGAUCACCUUGCCGCCAUCCUCCAAGCGCCUGGAAUUCUGCAUCUGCUACCGCACCAACGAAACCGAAUAUUGGGAUAAUAAUGAUGGUAAAAACUACACCAUCAGCAAGCGAUCGCCCUUCUAUUACAACGCCUUGUCGCCCUAUGAUAAGGGUCAGAAUCGCAACUCGAGCCAGCAAAUAAGGUCCACCCUGACCGAUGCCUUGGCCAAGGUGCAAGACCAAAAUGGCUGGCACCAGGAGCCACAUACGCCAUAUUGGUGAAAUCGCCUGGGAACGGGAUUGGAUUUUCCUGACCCAAGCGAUUGAAUAAAGUUUCUCAUUUAGGCCGCAUGAACAGAAAGAAACAGAAUUGGAACAGAUUUAAAGUGUUGUAAUCAGUUUUAUUGACAGAGAGAGAGUCCAAAAGAUUUUACCACUAACGAAACUUUUUGACCUAAGCUAAUACCUGGUACAAAUAUCCCAAUUUUAAUGUGCCAUUGACUUGAGGUUUACUCAAUAUAAAAUGAAAUAGGAGGGCUUAUAACUACUUCUACUGAGCGAAGCCCGAAUUUGUAUGUCUUGUCUUUAGUCAACUUGAUGGAAUUUCAAAAUCUAUGUAUAACUUUUUAAAUGUUUUAUGUUCGACUGUAAAGAAUUUUUGAAAAAGAUCGAUUUAUAUGUUUACCUGUAUGCCUGUGUGAUCGUCUACAUCUAUAUAACUGAUACUAGAUUUAUGUUAA